CAGCUUUAAGCUUGUUUGGCGGUUAUUCUCUAAUGGAGGGUCUCUUUGGGUUGACUGGCACAGGUUUCACAAUCUAAAGGUUUCUGGAAGCGACAAUAUCUCUACCUUCUGGACCAUAAAAGAAAAGGCUAAUGAUUCUUGGAAUUGGAAGUGUCUUCUUCGGCUUAGACCAUUAGCAGAGCGGUUUCUUCGGUGUGACAUUGGCAAUGGGCUUUCUGCUAGCUUCUGGAGAGACAAUUGGACCCCUUUCGGUCCUUUAAUAAAGCACAUUGGCGAUGGAGGCCCGUUAAGGUUGCGUAUUCCUCUUGAUGCUACUGUUUCUGUGGCAGCUCAAGGAAAUGUUUGGGACCUGCCCAUGACACGCUCUUCUCAGGUUCAUAGUCUCCAUAACCACCUAAAUACUAUCUCGCUGCCUCUGCGUCCGCUCGUUGAGGAUGUUUAUGGCUGGUAUGUGAAUGAUGUGGAUUGCAAUAGUUUCUCUUCCUCGAAGACUUGGCAGGUUAUUAGACAACGUGAAGAGAAGAAAGGGUGGGCUGCUGCAAUCUGGUUUAAAGGCUCUAUUCCUAGAAACGCUUUCAACAUGUGGACCACUCAUCUUGAUAGACUGCCCACACGGGCGAGGCUGCAGGCAUGGGGGCUGCCUGUCUCGCCUCUAUGCUGCUUGUGUUCUGCUGAGACAGAAACAAGGGAUCAUUUAAUGCUUCGCUGCGAUUUCAGCACCGCUAUUUGGAAUUUAGUUCAGUCGAGACUUAGGCUGCACUCCUUACGUUUUUUGGACUGGGCUGAGCUGUUAUCUUGGAUCAGAAGGACAAGUCCUACUGCUCCUUCUACAUUGAGGAAGCUGAUUACUCAAGCCGUUGUUUACGCAACCUGGAAGCAGAGGAAUAACAUGUUGCACAAUUCGAAUCACAUUGCACCUGCUGCGGCCUUCAUGAUCAUCGAUAGGGAAGUCAUCAACUCUAUAAAUGCUCGGAGGCACCGACGAAAGUUCCGUAAUCUUAUGAGCCUAUGGCUCAUAUAAUGCUCCUACUUUGAAGAUCUGUUUCUUCUUUGUUUACUUCCUUGUUUUUUAUCCUAAUUUUUGCCAAGGAACUAAACCUUAGGUAUUGCACAUGUAAUUCCAAACCUUUUCAUUUUAUAUGAUAUUUACCCACUUAGCAAAAAAAAAAAAAAA